AUGAGAGGAGAGUGCUGCAAUAUCAUUCAGGGUGCAACUAAUUCUACAGCAGCCACCGUCAAUCAUAUUCUUAUUCUCCUUGCCAUGUUUCCCCAGUACCAGGAAAUUGUCUUCGAAGAGCUUAAAUAUGUCUUUCCGGCUGGUGUUGAUUUUGAAGUGGAGUACGCGGACCUCCAGAAAUUGGAAUACCUAGAUCGCGUUUUUAGAGAAACCUUGCGCCUUAUCCCGUCCGUUACGACCAUUAUUAGAGAUUUAAAGGAAGACAUUCGCCUCUCAAAUAACGUCGUGGUUCCAAAAGGUGUAGUUUGUAUGGUCGACAUAUUUCAUAUUCACCGUAACAAGGAUUAUUGGGGUCCAAACGCCGAAACAUUCAACCCCGAUAAUUUUUUGGACGAGAAUAGAACCAAGUACAUGGACAAGUAUGGCUCAACAAUUUUGACAUGGAUCGGGAUUACCCCAGUUAUAUUGUCGCGGGAUCCUAGGAUCGCCGAGGAUGUGUUAUCAUCAUCAAAGUUUCUAAAUAGAAACUCCCGGGUAACAAAAGCAAUGGAAAAUAUCUUUGGCCUCGGAUUGGUGACUCUUCAAGGUGUGAGUCUGUAA